UUGCAGUGUUUGUAAACAGACACACGUUGCCGUUGCAAAGUUUGGACGAUAGGACGGAAUCUGGACUGAACGACGCGUGUCAGCGAGAAUCCACCUGGGAAACUUGAAAAGGAGGUUGAUAACCAGAGAACAUGGAAGUGGAACCUUUGUAUAUCGCAGAAAACGAGACGGAGGGAUCUCGCGGCGAUCGGAAAGAGGGGGGUAAGAGGGGACGCAAGCCUGGAAGGAAGGCGUCCGAUAAGUCGGAUAUGAAAGCCAAGCUUGAACGGUGUCGGCAGAGCGCGAGGGAAGUUCGCGGUAGGAAGAAGCUGAGGUAUCAGUAUCUAGAAGAGCUGGUGGCCGACCGCGAAAGUAGCGGAAAAAAUUUAGAACGAAGUCGGCAGAGUGCGAGGGAGUGUCGUGCUCGGAAGAAGCUGAGGUAUCAAUACCUGGAAGAGCUGGUGGCCGACCGUGAAAAGGCUGUUAUCGCUCUUCGGAAGGAGCUGGAGAUGUAUCGACUGUGGGGACAGGAAUUGGACGCCGGACGAGUUCCCGAAGGGCUACCAGCGAUGCUGGAGGAGAUCGGCUCCCUGAAGCGGGAGAACGCGGUCAACUAACCCCGACGAGAAACUACGAGUCACGAACAUCGAGCUCUCCCUGUUGUCACUUGUCAUUCUUUUUUCCACUCUUCUGCCGUACAUAUUUACGUACAUAUUUUGUUAGUCGCGAGCCUAUUCCCGAUAGCUUCGUUGCCUGACGGAAAAAUCAUCAAGAGGCCAGACCUCUGUUUCGGAUUCUCCUCAAACUGUGUUCGAGUAUUGUCUCGCGGUUUUCACCGACGGUCGAUCCGUCGGGACAACGAGAAAGAGGAGAAUAAGAACCGAAAAAAGAUCGUUUUUAUCCCCCGUUCGAUGAUUCGAUUUUGUUUGUACACUAGCCUAGGCUAAGCUGUUGUUUACGUUCUUUAAUCACCUUCAUUGCUCCCCUGUUUCGAGAGAGAAACCGAUUUGGCGUUGUUGUUUCUCGUCCCUCCCCGUUAUAUUAUAUAUAUAUAUAUACGCGUGUAUUGUUUUUUAUAUAUAUAUACUGUUUUCUUUUCGAAGGAAGAAAAAAAAAUUGUUCGUGGUCCCAUGUUGUUUGUGGUCCGUUGAGUUGAAAUACUUUUUUGUUUGUAUAGUACGUCGUUGGAACAUGCGCGGCGAUCAGCUUCGCGAAUGCGCGACACGCGUUUCUCUGUGUGUACCUAGCUUUCAUGUACCUAUGCCACGAGAUUGUUAGAGAGACUAUGGAAUUAAAGAGACGGGAAAACAGUUGAGUAUAUAUAAAUAUAUAUAUUCUCGUGUUAGCGCGUCAACGAACGACGAUUCGUUGCGUAUUUUAUCAUCGUUAAGAAAGAGGAAAAAGAAAGAGUUAUGGGAGUUUCUGCUAGCGCAGACGAGCGUGUCUUCUGUUUCCUUGGUCUCCUCGUCGGGCGUGAUUCGUCGAGAACGAUUUAGAAGCUUGUUUCCUUUUUUUUUUUAUCGCUGACAGAUUAAUCGCCAGGAGCGUUUUGUAUUUUUGUUUUUAAAAUUUUGUUCGUUUCCAUCGCGCGAUCAUAACCCCCCCCCGCUGUCUUCGCGGCGACCAGGUGUGUCUGUAUGGUAAACGGUAUUUUUGUACUGCGGAGAAAAUCUAUUCCCUUUGUACAGAUAUUGAUGAUAUCGCGAGAACUUGUUCGUAUGAAUAAAUUAUAUAUAUAUUAUA